GGCAUCAUUUGAUCCUUGUUUGUUUACCUUAAGAAUGUCCGCGCGCGAAUAUGUAUUACCAUCUCGAAAUAAUUAAAAAAUCUACCUCGCAAAUCCUGCUUAUAAUUUUUAAUUAAUUUCUGAAUAUGUCUCUAAUUAAAUUCAACUGGAUCAGGGUGCGAAAGCUCAUAUAUUUUAUCAGGAACAAUCCAGUUGCAACAACAUUUAUAAUAAUCUUAAUUUUGGGAAUAUUUUUGCCGAUGCGAUGCCCUACUUUUAAAGGAUAUUCCUAUUUAUCAUUUAGUGAAAUUAAAGAUGACUUGCAAAUGUGUUUGGUAACUAGAAGGCCACCUGAUUUUAAACUGUGCCCUUUAGUAUCUCUUGAUUUAGCUCCGUUUAAAGACGUAAACAGAAUUGUGAAUGAGACUUCUUUAAAAGAGUUGCCAAAAAAACUUAAAAUAUUACCUGGAGGAAGAUGGUACCCUAAGAAUUGCUCCUCAUGGCAAAGAGUGGCCAUUAUUGUUCCUUAUCGUAAUAGAGAAGCUCAUUUGAAAAUAUUUUUACAACAUAUGCAUCCAUUCCUUCAAGCCCAGCAGCUAGAUUAUGGGAUAUUUUUGAUUGAACAGAGUGAAAAACAUGAUUUUAAUCGAGGGAAGCUCUUUAACAUUGGUUUUCUUGAAGCUACAAAAGAGCCAGAUUUUUGCUGUUUUAUCUUUCAUGAUGUUGAUCUAUUGCCACAGAGUCCGCAGCAUACUUACGGCUGUUCAGAAGAACCCAGGCACAUGUGUUCUGCUCUGGAUGCAUUCCGAUAUGUAUUACCAUAUCCUGAACUAUUUGGUGGUGUGGUUGCUUUUACAAAGGAGCAGUUUUCGACAGUAAAUGGAUUCUCAAAUCUUUAUUUUGGUUGGGGUGGUGAAGAUGAUGAUCUUUAUGAAAGGCUAAAUGCAAAGCGAAUGAAAGUUCGACGUUAUGCCCCAUACAUUUCAAGAUAUACUGCUUUGUUUCAUAAAAAAGAGGUUCCAAAUCCAAACAGGUAUUGA